AUGGCAACUGCUGAUGAGACACAGAGCACACCUUUACGAAUAUACAAACUUAAAGCAAGCGAUGAUCAAAUCUUUCAAGUUGAUGAGAAUGUUAUUGAACAACUAUCAACUGUGAAAGAAUUACGCCAAACAUCAAAUACAGGUGAUGCUCCUAUCCCAUUGAUAGCAGUCAGUGCAACAAUGUUGGAGCAAGUUAUUGAAUUUUAUAAUCACCAUAAAAAUGAAUCUCAAGCGCCAGCAAUUGGAAACGACAAUGGUACCAAUGGGAAUGCAAACGAACAGAAAAAGUUCGAUAGUACCAGUGAGUGGAAUUUGAACUUUAUGAAGCAAUUUACCGUUGCAGACGGAACAUUGUUUGAAAUUAUUACGGUAGCAAAUUAUUUAGGUGCAAAAUCUUUACUUGAAGUUGCUCUAAAGACAAUUGUAGGUCUAGCUAGUAAAGACCAACAGAAAACUCAUGCUCUCUUCGACACUUCAUGUGGCUCACCCGCGCAAGCAUCUAGUGCGCCGAGUUCUAAGAAAAAUUCAUCUGAUACUGCUCCUUCUAAUUAA